UGAUAUGUCGCAUUGAAUGUUGCUGUUACUGUCGCAAGCCGCGAGUACCGCGUCGCUAGGUUACCCAAUGAAGCUGUUAUUAAUUAUCAAAUAAAUAUACAUAUAUAUAAAAUCAGUGAAAAUUUUUCAAUUUUUAUUGUUUUUUUGAAUGAUAGUAAAAAAUAUAUAAAUAUGCCGCGUAUUAUGAUAAAAGGUGGUGUUUGGCGGAACACUGAGGAUGAAAUCUUGAAAGCUGCUGUAAUGAAAUAUGGCAAAAAUCAAUGGAGCCGGAUAGCAUCUCUUUUACAUAGAAAGUCUGCUAAGCAAUGUAAAGCACGUUGGUUCGAAUGGUUAGAUCCUAGUAUUAAAAAAACAGAGUGGAGCAGAGAAGAAGAUGAAAAGCUUCUUCAUCUUGCAAAGUUAAUGCCUACUCAAUGGAGAACAAUUGCUCCGAUUAUAGGACGUACAGCUGCACAAUGCUUGGAACGUUACGAAUAUUUGCUAGAUCAAGCUCAAAAAAAAGAAGAGGGAGAUGAUACUGCAGAUGAUCCUCGCAAGUUGAAACCAGGAGAAAUUGAUCCAAAUCCUGAAACAAAACCAGCCAGACCUGACCCUAAAGAUAUGGAUGAAGAUGAAUUGGAAAUGUUGUCUGAGGCACGUGCCAGGCUUGCAAAUACACAGGGUAAAAAGGCGAAACGUAAAGCUAGAGAAAAACAAUUAGAGGAAGCUCGCAGACUCGCUGCUUUGCAGAAGCGUCGAGAAUUGAGAGCUGCUGGCAUUACAGUAUCACAAAAGAAUAAACGCAAACGUGGGGUCAAUUACAAUUCUGAGAUUCCGUUUGAAAAACGACCAGCAUCUGGCUUUUAUGAUACAUCUAAUGAACAUGUUGAUCCUCUUGCUAUUGACUUCUCAAAGAUGAGGCAGCAACAUUUAGAUGGAGAAUUGAGACAAGAAAAAGAAGAAAUGGAACGUAGAAAAGACAAACAAAAAUUGAAACAACGAAAAGAAAACGACAUUCCAAUGGGAAUGUUAAAUAAUGAAGAACCAAUAAAAAAGAGAAGUAAGCUUGUUUUACCAGAACCACAAAUAUCUGAUCAGGAACUACAACAAGUAGUUAAGCUUGGUAGAGCAUCAGAGGUUGCUCGCGAAGUUGCAACAGAAAGUGGUAUCACAUUGUCAGAUAGUUUAUUGGCUGAUUAUUCUUUACCAACUAAUGCAGCCGUAACUCCGCGUACUCCGGCUGCUGCGGAUAGAAUACUUCAAGAAGCUCAAAAUGUUAUGGCUCUUACUCAUGUUGAUACUCCAUUAAAAGGUGGAUUAAAUACACCAUUAAAUAAUUCUGAUUUCACUGGUGUUGUACCUUCUACGAACGCCGUGGCAACUCCAAAUACAAUUUUGGCUACUCCAUUUCGGUCGCAGCGAAGCGAUGGAACGCCAACUAAUUCAUUUAAUACGCCAGCAUCUACACGAACGCAAAAUGGAGUAUUAGCAGCUACACCAGUUCGUGACAAGCUUAGUAUUAAUCCGGACGAAAAUAUGGAUGGAUCAGAGACUCCGUUAAUUCAGAAACAAGUAAAGGAACAAUUACGUGCCGGAUUAAACGCACUUCCAACACCACGUAAUGACUAUGAAAUAGUAGUUCCUGAAGGAGAAACAAAAGACGAAGAUGUUACUUCAAUAACGACAGAAAUUGUAGAAGACCAGGCUGAUAUAGAUGCUAGGCAACAGCAAGAGUUAAUGGAACAAAGAAAAAAGGAAUUGUCUAGGAGAUCUCAAGUUAUACAACGAGAUUUACCACGACCAGCUGAUGUAAAUAUGAACAUUUUGAGGCCAUUUAUGGAUACUCCAUUAACAGAUUUGCAAAGGGCGGAAGAACUAAUUAAAAGAGAAAUGAUCACUAUGCUACAGUAUGAUGCAUUACAAAAUCCAAUACAACAAAAUCGUAAAGGUUCCUCAAAUUCAGUAGCUCAAGCUCAAGCUUACUUAGAGCAACAUCCGUAUGUUAAUUUUGAAAAAGAAGAACUUGCUGCUGCAAAGAAGCUUUUAACUGAUGAAAUGGCUAUAGUAAAAGAAGGUAUGGCGCAUGGAGAAUUAAGUUCGGAUUCCUAUACAACUGUAUGGGAGGAAUGUUUAUCAGAGAUAUUAUAUCUGGAAACACAAAAACGAUACACACGAGCAACAUUAGCUUCAAAAAAGGAUAGAGUAGAAGCAUGCGAAAGAAAGUUGGAAGAAAAUCGCAUGCAUAUGACUGGUGAAGCGAAACGAGCAGCAAGAAUGGAAAAAAAAUUGAAGGUCCUUACUGGAGGAUAUCAGACUAGAACACAAGUGUUAACAAAACAAUUAUAUGAUUUAUGGGAACAAAUAGAACAAGCACAUUUAGAACUUUCAACCUUCAAAUUUUUGCAAACACAAGAAGAAGCAGCCGUACCAAGACGGGUAAACGCACUUAUGGAAGACGUUAACAGACAAACAGAACGAGAACGCGUGCUGCAAGCGCGAUAUGCGCAAUUGCAAGAUCAGUUGCAUCAAUGUUAAAUAAUUCCCAGAUGAUUUAUUGUAAUAUAUUAUACCGUAAAUAUUGUAAACGUUUUGUGAAAUACAAAGUUAAUUUCUAUAAAAA